GGCAAGAAUCGAGAAAUCGAGAAUAUACGGUCGUUUUGGCGACGAAGUGCACAGUGGGCACGUGAUCGUGCAGCCUUAGACUGGGAGCAUGUCUAUGAUAUGACAACAGCAAGAGGACUAGCUUUCUGCUGAUAUAGCUAUUAAGGAAGCAAUCUACUCAGCACCAGUAUGUCUCUAAGCAGUGAAAAAAGUGACAUUGAGCUGGAUGAGAAAAUCAAACAACAGCACCGAAUUGACAGCUUGAACAUACUGUUGUAUAUGCUCCUUCUGAUCACUACUGUGUUGACAAUAUGGAUGUUCAAGCACAGAAGAAUGCGCUAUCUACAUGAAACUGGAUUGGCUUUGAUUUUUGGCCUGGUGGUGGGUGCCCUCAUCCGUUACACAGGUGACCCCUCGGCAAUCACACAUGUGGAGGUUCAGGCAGUGCCACACUCCGACUACAAUGAGUCACUGCCACCCGACUAUCUAUGGUUUCGGAUGAAACGCAAGAUGCCGCCCGGGGAGGGGAGCGGCCCCGUGGAGAACAGGACGUACGCCUACCUGCUCACGGGCGAGGUGGAGGACGCCACCGGCAACGAGUUCGCCCAGCAGGCCACCUUCGACCCGGAGAUCUUCUUUAACAUCGUGCUGCCACCCAUCAUCUUUAACGCUGGCUACAGCCUGAAGCGGAAAUUCUUCUUUCGAAACCUAGGCUCAAUCCUGUGCUUCGCCUUCAUCGGGACAACGAUCUCAGCGUUUGCGAUCGGCGGCGUGCAGUACACGUUCGGCCUGCUUUUCUCGUCGCCGCCGUCGCUGCUCGACUGCCUGUACUUCGGCGCGCUGAUCUCGGCCACCGACCCCGUCACCAUCCUGGCCAUCUUCAACGACCUGCAGGUGGACGUCAACCUGUACGCCCUGGUAUUCGGCGAGUCGGUGCUGAACGACGCCGUCGCCAUCGUGCUAGUCACCGCCAUCGAGAACUACGCCAAGCUGUACGCCACCGGAUCGGACGGCUUUGAGGCCAUCGCCUUCCUGAAGGCGAUCGGCCUCUUCUUCUACGUGUUCUUCUCGUCGUUCCUGCUGGGCUCCGUGAUGGGCUGCGCCACGGCGCUGCUGACCAAGUUCACGCACAUCCGCGACUUCCCGCUGCUGGAGAGCUCGCUUUUCCUGCUCAUGUCGUACUCGUCCUUCCUGAUGGCCGAGGCCGCCGACCUGACCGGUAUUGUGGCCGUGCUGUUCUGCGGCAUCUGCCAGGCCCACUACACGUACAACAACCUCUCGGAUGAGGCGCGCGUCAGGACCAAGGACUUCUUCGAGAUGAUCAACUUCCUGGCGGAGAACUUCAUCUUCAGCUAUAUCGGAGUCUCGCUCUUCACAUUCCCCAAACAUCAGUGGGAUUUCGCCUUCAUCAGCUGCGCCUUUGUGUCGCUCUUCAUCGGGCGUCUGCUGAACGUGUACCCGCUGUCCUGGCUGCUCAACCUGAAGCGUAGGCCGGUCAUCCCGCUCAACUUCCAGCACAUGAUGUUCCUCUCCGGGCUGCGGGGGGCCAUAGCGUUCGCGCUGGCGAUCCGGAACACGUACUCGGUGGGUCGGCAGACCAUCCUCACGGCCACCUCCAUCAUCGUGGCCGUGACCGUCAUCUACGGCGGCCUCACUACCCAGCUGCUGCUCUGGCUGGGCAUACCUGUGGGCGGCGAGGAGGACGACGAGACGACCGGGCUGAACCAGCUGCAGCGCUGCCGCCCGGUAUAUAGCGCGAUGGAAGGAAGGCGCGGCCAGCAGAACGAGACGGGCGCCAGAGACAACCCGGAGAAGGCGCUGCUGGUGCGGCUGUGGUCGGACUUCGACACCAGCUUCAUGAAGCCGCUGCUGACGCACUCGCGGCCCACCCUGCUGGAAACGAUGCCGCUUUGCUGCCACCCGUUAGCCCGCCUGCUAACCAGCACACAGCAGUUGACGCAGGACACGAGCAACAAGUACGAGGAAGACGGCGAGCUGUGCCUGGAGGCGGACGAGGCCAGCUUCCAGCACGGCGACAACGGCUCGGUGCACUCGAGCGGUCACCAGAGGAGGCGGCCGCCCGGCCGCAGCACCAGCUACGGCUCCAUGUCACUCUGAGCGGGUAUCCCGCUGGCCGGACUCCCGCGAGUUCCGCGGCGGCCCUGCCGCGCGCGCCAGUGAUCAAACGCCAUUCGCGCCAGUCGGGCGGCGGCCGCUGGCUCCGAACGCGCGCCAAACACGACGGAAGCGGGAAGCAGCGAGUGUUGUCGAUAUUGUGGUGGGCUCCGGCGGUGGAGUACGAGCUGUUGUUGCAUCGGUGUCAUAAUUUACUUCGGCGAUUGUUUACGUUGUUAUUUUUUACUCCCGUGUCGACAAUAUUUAUGGAGAGGGAGUCGCGAUAUGCUUAGGGGCAGACGGCUCCGGCAUUCCGUACCGCAGCCCGUUUACGACUAAUCUCUGGCUCCGAGCCGGUCUAUAUCACAGUCCGCCUGUGUUGAGUGGCGCAGUGUGUGCAAGCAUGUCAGUCAUUCAACUUCUAAAUCAAGGAUACGUAUCGUGCGUUCAGCCAAUCGGUGUUUGUAUCCUUCG